AUGGCUUUGCUCCGGAAGCCCAAGCCGGUAUCCGGGAAAGAGGAGACGCCAAGACCAGGCUCCUCGGCGUUUACCCAGAGCCCUCUAGAGUGUCCAGUGACCUUCAAGGAGGUGGCUCCGUACUUCACCGAUCCCGGCCAGCGGGCCCAGUACUGGGAAACCAUGCAGGAGAGUGCUGGAAAUUACUCCUCUUUGGGAACCAGCUCUGCCAACCCUCAACCUGACAGGAUCUCCUCUGGGCUGGAGUUGGAGAAGACGUGGACCCCAGCUUCCCAGGACUCAGAUGCAAAGCCCUUCUCUAACAACUCUUCCACGAGGGUCGGGAUGGUGAGUGGGAUGAGGGACAGUGCCGCACACACAGACAUCGGGACCUGCCUGGAGGACAUCUCCCAGCACCGUGAGCCAGCCAACAUCCACCAGAGCUCCCGAGAGAAAGGCCAAGAGGAGGUCCAGGGUCGUCCUGGGAGGGAAACUCCAGGGACAUGCAGGGAAUUGCUGUUCCCCCAUAGCCUUCGCCCCAGGGAUAGACCCAUCCCUCAUCCCACCAACGAGAAGAGCUUCCAUCCCCGGAGACGGGGUUCCCAGCACCCCUGCCCUGACUGCGGGAAAAGCUUUGGGGUCUUCUCCAACUUACUCUGUCACCGGCAGACCCACGGUGGGGACAAGCCCUACAAAUGCCCUGACUGCGGGAAGGGUUUUGGGCAAAGCUCGGCGCUGGUGACGCACUGUCACGUCCAUACAGGCGAGAAGCCCUACCAGUGCACCGACUGCGGCAAGAGCUUCAACGUGGUGUCCAACCUUGUGCGCCACCAGCGGAGCCACGCCGGGGAGAAGCCCUACCAGUGUCCCGACUGCAGCCGGUGUUGCAGUCAACGUUCCCACCUGGGGACCCACCUCCGGUUGCACACGGGCGAGCGCCCGUACCCGCGCCAGGAGUGUGGGAAGGGCUUCAACGUCAGCUCUGAUCUCAUCAAGCAUCGCCACACCCACACCAGGGAGAAGCCCUAUGAGUGUCCCGACUGCGGGAAGCGUUUCAGCGGCAGCUCCAACCUCAUCACCCACCAGCGGCUGCACAGUGGCGAGCGGCCCUACACCUGCGCCAACUGUGGCAAGGGCUUCACCAUCAGCUCCAAGCUCAUCACCCACCAACGGACACACAACGGCGAGCGACCCUACAGCUGCACCAACUGCGGCAAGGACUUCGGCGACCAACCCCACCUCAUCUGGCACCGCAGCACUGGCUGGCAGGAGAAGCGCUACAAGUGCUCCGAGUGCGGCAAGGGCUUCACCACCAGCUCUUACCUCCUCACCCACCAGCGCAGCCACACCAGCGAGACCCCCUUCCUCUGUGGUGUGUGCGGCAAGAGCUUCACAGUGGUCUCCAACCUGGCGUGA